AUGCUCUUCAAGAUUCUCUCAAUUUUCACCUCUCUCCUUCCGUUCCAUUCUCCUCCUCUCUCCUUCCGUUCCAUUCUCCUCCUCUCUCCUCCCGUUCCAUUCUCCUCCUCUCUCCUUCCGUUCCAUUCUCCUCCUCUCUCCUUCCGUUCCAUUCUCCUCCUCUCUCCUUCCAUUCUCCUCCUUCUCCUCCUCUUCCUCUCCCUCCUCGUUCCUUUCUCCUCCUCUCCUUUCCCUCCUCCCUUUCUCCUCCUCUCUCCUCCUCCUUUCUCCUCCUCGUUCCUUUCUCCUCCUCGUUCCUUUCUCCUCCUCGUUCCUUUCUCCUCCUCGUUCCUUUCUCCUCCUCGUUCCUUUCUCCUCCUUUCUCCUCCUUUCUCCUCUCCUCUCCCUCCUUUCUCCUCCUUUCUCCUCCUUUCUCCUCCUUUCUCCCUCCUUUCUCCUCCUCUUUCCUUUCUCCUCCUCGUUCCUUUCUCCUCCUCUUUCCUUUCUCCUCCUCUUUCCUUUCUCCUCCUCUCCUUUCUCCUCCUUUCUCCUCCUCGUUCCUUUCUCCUCCUUUCUCCUUCCGUUCCUUCCCUCUCCUCUCUCUCCUUUCAUUCUCUCCUUUCAUUCUCUCCUUUCAUUCUCUCCUUUCAUUCUCUCCUUUCAUUCUCUCCUUUCAUUCUCUCCUUUCAUUCUCUCUUUUCAUUCUCUCCUCUCUCUCUUUUCAUUCUCUCCUUUCAUUCUCUCCUCUCUCUCCUUUCAUUCUCUCCUCUCUCUUCUUUCAUUCUCUCCUCUCUCUUCUUUCAUUCUCUCCUCUCUCUUCUUUCAUUCUCUCCUCUUCCCUCUCAAAUAAAACUUAAAACUUUCUUUCAUCUACAUGAAAAAAAGAACUUGCAGCACUUAUCUUUUUCAAAUUUUUACUUUAAUUUUUCACAUUUUGUCUGUCUCUCUCUACUUCUUUCUGUCAUCCUCUCUCCAAAACUUUCUUUCUCUCUCUCUCUUCUCCUCUCUCUCUCCUCUACUCUCUCUCUCCUCUCUCUCUCCUCUACUCUCUCUCUCCUCCACUCUCUCUCUCCUCCUCUCUCUCCUCUCCACUCUCUCUCCUCCCUCUCUCUCUCCUCCUCUCUCUCUCCUCCCUCUCUCUCUCUCUCUCUCUCUCCACUCUCUCUCUCUCUCUCUCCUCCCUCUCUCUCUCUCCUCUCCUCUCUCUCUCUCUCUCUCCCCCUCCACUCUCUCUCUCUCUCUCCUCCUCCACUCUCUCUCUCUGUCACUCCUCCACACUCUCUCUCUCUGUCACUCCUCCACUCUCUCUCUCUCUGUCACUCCUCCACUCUCUCUCUGUGUCGCUAUCGCUAUCCCCUUUUACCAUUCUUUAUCUUUCUGCUGCCCUUUAUCUACCUCUCUCCCUUUACUGCCCUCCAUCUGUUUCAGCCCAUCUACCGCUGUCUCUCUAUCGCCCCUGCUCUGCCACGCCACCUUUUCUGUGCUCUCUCUCUCUUUCUCUAUUGCCCGCCACCACCACCAUCGCCACUCUCAUACUGA